ACAAACAUGGCCGCCCCGGCGCCCUUCGGCUUCUCGGGCUCCCGCAGUCCUCGGCUAGCCGCCGGCCUCCGGCUGUUCCCGCUGUUGGGGCUGCUGCAGCUGCUGGCCGAGCCCGGCCUGGGCCGCGUCCACCACCUGGCGCUCAAGGAUGAUGUGAGGCAUAAGGUUCAUCUGAACACCUUUGGAUUCUUCAAGAAUGGGUACAUGAAGGUGAAUGUCAGCAGCCUUUCAGUGAAUGAACCGAAAGGAGCCACAGACAAGGACUUAACUAUUGGAUUCAGCCUAGACCGAACAAAGAAUGAUGGAUUUUCUUCUUAUCUGGAUGAAGAUGUGAAUUACUGUAUUUUAAAGAAACAGUCUGUCUCUGUCACCCUUUUAAUCCUAGACAUCUCCAGAAGUGAAGUGAAAAUAAGAUCUCCACCAGAAGCUGGUACCCAGUUACCAAAGAUCAUCUUUACCAAGGAUGAGAAGGUUGUCAGUCAGAGCCAGGAGCCUGGUGGUAACCCUGUCUCAGCAGGCAGCCAGGCUCCGAAAGAACAAGAAAAUGGAAAGUCUAAAAGAAGUACUGUGGAUUCAAAGGCAACAGGAGAGAAAUCCUUUUCUGUUCGUAAUAAUGAUGGGGCAGUUUCAUUCCAGUUUUUCUUUAACAUCAGCACUGAUGACCAAGAAGGCCUCUACAGUCUUUAUUUUCAUAAGUGUCUUGGAAGUGACGUUUGGUCUAAUGACAAGUUUUCAUUCAGCCUCGAUAUCGAGAUCACAGAGAAGAACCCUGACAGCUACCUCUCAGCAGGAGAAAUCCCUCUCCCCAAACUGUACAUUUCCAUGGCCGCCUUCUUCUUUCUCUCUGGGACCAUCUGGAUUCACAUCCUUCGAAAACGACGGAAUGAUGUCUUUAAAAUUCACUGGCUGAUGGCUGCCCUUCCUUUCACCAAGUCUCUUUCCUUGGUGUUCCACGCAAUCGACUACCACUACAUCUCCUCCCAGGGCUUCCCGAUCGAAGGGUGGGCUGUGGUGUACUACAUCACUCACCUCUUGAAGGGGGCACUGCUGUUCAUCACCAUCGCGCUCAUCGGCACUGGCUGGGCUUUCAUUAAGCACAUCCUUUCUGAUAAAGACAAGAAGGUCUUCAUGGUUGUCAUCCCGCUGCAGGUUCUGGCCAACGUGGCCUACAUCAUCAUAGAGUCCACCGAGGAGGGAACGACAGAGUACGGCCUGUGGAAGGACUCCCUGUUUCUGGUUGACCUGCUGUGCUGCGGGGCCAUCCUCUUCCCGGUGGUGUGGUCAAUCAGGCAUUUACAAGAAGCAUCAGCCACAGAUGGAAAAGCUGCUAUUAACUUGGCGAAGCUGAAACUUUUCAGACAUUACUACGUCUUGAUCGUAUGUUACAUAUACUUCACCAGGAUUAUUGCAUUUCUCCUCAAACUCGCUGUUCCGUUCCAGUGGAAGUGGCUCUACCAGCUCCUGGAUGAAAUGGCCACGCUGGUGUUCUUUGUUCUCACGGGGUAUAAGUUCCGUCCAGCUUCAGACAACCCCUAUCUACAACUUUCUCAGGAAGAAGAUGACUUGGAAAUGGAAUCUGUAGUGACGACGUCAGGGGUGAUGGAGAAUAUGAAGAAAGUCAAGAAGGUGACCAACGGCUCGGUGGAGCCGCAGGGCGACUGGGAAGGCAGCGCGUGACGGAGCGGCUCGGAGGGGCGAGGGCAGAGACUUCUAAUUUAUUCGCAGUCCGGUUGGUCAGCGGGAGCGUCGGCCCCUCGCGACGGCGACACCGCAGAGCUCGCGGCUGGAGCCAAGCGCCACGGAGACCCAACUUCUCACUCUUUUCUGGACACCUGGUGCGCGCUGGUGACAGGCAGCUCGCAUUCUCCUUCAGGUGGGAGUGGCGGGGAGGGAGUGUAAGAGGAGGCAGGGAAAGGAAGCCUUUGUUUUUAAUUUCUAUUUCCGCUUUUUAAUUGGGGAGCUCUUCAGGGAGAUGCAGUUGUGACCCAGUGUGUAGCAGGGAGUGCUGGCAGAUGGGGGACCCCGCCGGCCCGGGAAGGGUCUUCAGGCUGUGAGCUGCUGUCGAGAGGGGGCUCAGGGACUCACAGAGAAGGCCGGGGUGGGGGCAGGGGGCAAGUGUCACUGCAUCUUCAGGGAGAAAACAGAUGAGGUUAUUUUACAAAGAAAAUCGAGACUCAGUGUAGCAUGAGGAGCCUGCCCUGGGGUUCCUGGCCCUGAGUGUCGCCCCAGACCUUCGUCCUGAAUUCUGAAAGUGACCAGGGGCAGCGGUUGUCUGAGGGCCGCGGUGUCACCGUCUGUCAGGGCCCUGCUCGUGGCAAACGGUUUCCUGCCUGAUGGAUGGACAGAACUGUGUUCUUAAGCUCGAAAAGCCGCCUCUGCUGGGAUUUUCCUGGCUUCCCCAACAGCUCAGGGCAGCGCCGUCUCUGGCGGCUCUGCCCGCUCCUCUCACAGCUGCCCCUGCCCUGUGUGAUCAGAAGCGGGGGAAUGGGAAGGACUUUCCUUCAGGAGCAGCUUGGGGCAGGAGGGGUCCUGUUAAAGCAAACCCUUCAGUCCAAGCAAGCUUUCCCUGUGAGCCGGGCAGGACUCGCGAACGGAGGAGCGGCGCGGACCUGGUCCCUGUGUUCCAGGAGCACGCGUGUGAAGAAGAAGGGUGUGAUGAGUGGUUCUACUCUCGGGGUCUGGGGAUGGGGAACCCCUUUCAGGAAUCUCAGUGAGGUUCUCUUCCAAACUCGCAGAGCGUGGAGCUGAGCAUGGGUGGGGAUGGCACUGCUGCUCCGUUGGGAGCUGAGGUCUUUGGAUAAUGGGGCGAGCCCAGAAGGUCCGCCGUGACCCGGGGCAUAUCAGGGCUUGCCGGUCACCUCCUGCUAAGGCUCUGGCUGCCGGGGCCCAAGACGGGGACUGAGACACCGUGUCGGGCACAUGGGGUGCUGGCCAUGCAGGUGGCUCCCAGCGCCCGCGUGUGUGUCAGAAGCCUGAGCCCUCCCUCACUUCCUGAGUGCCAGACGGUGACGGCGGCUGGGGGUGCUUCUUGGACCACUGGCCUGGAGGGGCUGAUGAGAAGCCACAAGAUUUAGGGGUGCCGCUCAGCAUCCCUGGUUUAGGAACCUGAAGAGUCUCUACUGAGAAGACAGUGGUUUUCCCUUCCCUGUGCCCCUGACCGUUCCCAGCUGACCAUGCGGACGCACGCGUCCCUUGUGCGCUCUUUGAUAUCCCCCCGUGCUCUCCCGGCACGACCUCCACGGGGCUCGGUCCCGGCCCAGUGUGGAGAGGAGCGAGCAGGCUGGCCUGACCCUGCCCUUCACCUUUCCACAGGAAAUAUGCGCUGAGUAUUAUCUAAGGGACUUUUCUUUUUGAGUUAACUCGGAGCCGUGCGACAGGAGAAGGAAGCGGCCCGGAGAACGGGGGCAUUUUUCCAGACUCCUGUCUUCCUAUGUGUAGACGCCAUCCCCACACCUCAGGAACGUGUCUCCUGCCGCGGCCCAAACCCGCUCCGGUGCUCCCCUCCGAAGGACGUGUUUGCUGUUUGUCCUGCGAGCCGCUGUCAUUGACGAGGCCGUAGGCUUCUUGGAAGGAACCAAAGGUUUGAGGGACACCCCCACCUCUCCCCAGCCCCCCACCCCUGCCGCCCUGAAGGUGUCUUCAGUUCCUGGCCUGGAGACAGGGACGGCAGUGCGUGCAGACGAGGGCGCGCGUGUGGGCAGGCCCUGGCCCCCCGCAGCCACAGGAGGGCAGGAGCCCCCAGGCUGGACCAUCUUCAAACCCCCGUGUCCCCCGCUCUGGGCGCCUCUAGGCCCACGGAAGGGCUGAGUUGGCUGCAGUGUACGGUCCUGGCCCUUCAGGAGCAGGACGGUACAGGUGAGAGAGGGUAGUGGAUCCGAAGUGAGAGUCAGGCCGCAGCCUUCCUAACAAGUGGGUCGUCUGCCCGCCUCCUGUGUUGUAACUGGCAAGAAGGUUUGAAGUCAGGCCAAUGAGGAAGGAAAAUCAAAGCCCCAGUCCAAGACCAGGCGGUGGUAGUGCCCGCGUUUCCAAAAUUGCUUAAGCUCUUCAUCCUGUUCCAUAAACACGUGGUUGUCCCUCUGUCGCUUGGAUGGCUGUGAGCAGCGCUCAGCCCUCACCCUGGAGUGAGGAUGCGGGGUUGGGGUCCAACGCCAGGCCUUCUCCCCAGCUGACAGCCGCUCACUGCGGCCUGACGGUCAGAGCCUGCGCGGCUCGUGCUGGGCGCUGUCGGAGUGGUUAAACCCUCCCUCUUAGUGUUGGAGGAUCGGGCAGAGAGGAUUGUGCGUGUCAGGAGUGAUCAGUGGUAUUUAUAGCUUCGCUUUCUGCCCCUGCUCCCCGAAUCUGCCUGUGAGAGACACCCUUGCCUCCUCUGAGAAGCCGGCCGUGGACCAGAAGUGCCACUGGCUGCCAGAUUUUAGGAGGUAAAGGGUCUGUUUCCCUUUAAUAAAGUGUGUGUUUUGCCAGAAAAUCACUUUUUGGACAGUAAGAACAAUCACUGAUCUCUCCCUUUUUUAUUUUUUGAAAUCGUUGAUCUCUUAAUCCUGACUCUUAACAGUGGCCAGAGACUCCAUUAGCCCAUUUCUCUGUCCCUCGGCGCUGUAACAUUUUAGCCGCGGCGCGUCCGCUGAACACACCUGGGGCCAUUCUCUUGCAAGCAGAAGCUUGCUCUAGUGUAAAAGAUGGUUUCUCAGAUCAUAGCCUGAGCCCAGUUUCCUUUCCAGAAACCACUCUAGAGUAAAGUUUACAGGGUUCCGCCCCCCCUUGGACAUAUCCAGCCAGCGAAGGCAGCACGCAGUCUCUUCAUGAUGCGGCUCCGUGGGGCUGUCAGGGCAAGGGGUCUGCUCCUCGUUGUGGCCUCCCCGCGACCCACAUCCCUCUCCCUCUCCCCUCGCUCUCCCCUCCUUUUGGCCCAGGCCCAUCAGGUCCACGUGGGCUCAGCCUGGGAACACAGGCUGAAGCCCUUGGUGCAUUGCAUCAUUUUCUGCCAGCAGCUGUGAGAAGGAUGUAUUUUCCAAGCUCAGGAGAAUUUUAUCCCGAGCACGUAUGAUCGCUUUCGACCGUGUGUGAUGUUCUGCUCCCACAUGGAAACGGAUGUCUUGUUUUAGUCCUCACCGACCAAGGAGUGGUGUCACAGAUGCUGGUUUCCACUGUGAGUGGCUCUGGCCGUCUCCCGGGGCCUGAGACAGGCUACCCCACACACCCUGCAGAGCACUGGGGCCAUUGGUGCUUCCUGCUGCCCAGCAGCUGAACUUCAGAGGAGCCGGGUCCUCGCCCACCCCUCCUCCUGCCCCACACUCCACACCUCACCCUUGCUUCCCUGACCAACCCCAACCUUGAGCAGAUUCAGAAUUGGCUGAGUCCAGGGUGCUGUGGCCUGCGGGUUUUUCUUCUUCUUCUUCUUAAGAAUUCAGUAAAUUAAUGGUUUUCCCACUGAAGAAGUUAAAUUAGAUUUUGUCUUGAUACCUCUUGGUAUAUCAGAAACAAACCACACCAGACUUCCUAGAAGAUCUGUUCCUUUACUCCACUUUUCUCCCGGUGUUUUCAGGUAGGAGGUCUUAAGAGCGUCACCUGAGUUGAUGCUAGUCCUUGUCACCUCCACCUGGAAUGCAGUUAUUGAUUGGCAAGCUGGACACUCUCCAGCUUCCCCCGGGGCCUCUCCUCUCACCUGGCGAUGCACCCGCCCACUCUGCACGGUGUGUGCCUGACAGAUAGUGUUUCUGGGACAUGGACACGCACCUCCCCUGCGGGGCUGUGUGAAGAACGAAGCCAGGGGAGGGACAGGGAGGUGCCGGAGCCAAGAUUGGCUUGUUGUCACACCAGGGACCUUUGGGCUUCCGGCUGUUUGGGAAGGGGGUCCCUGAUGAAGUCAGUACAGGUCAAGGUCAGACAGAGAACUUAGCUCACUCCCAAGACAGCAAGCUUGUCUCGAGGCAGGGUCUGAGGUUUGGUGGUGGGCAGGCCUAUCAGUCAGGGAGCCAGCUGUCAGCCUUCUUAGUAUUUAAUAAGACACUCAUUACAAAAGGAUCCAAAAAUCCUGUCUGCACAAGGGGGUUUCUUGACGCCUUAAGCAGCUUCUGCAGAUCGUAAAAUUGGAUUUACCUGGUCAUGUGACCUCAAAAGAACUCAGACACAUCCAAUCCAGAAAAUAAGUUUCAUUUGGGGGAGAAAAUGUCUGUAAAUAUUCUUUGCUUUCCAGGUUAGUUUGGGAUGCAGAGGGAGUUGUCAGUAUUUUUUUUUCUUUUUUAAACGCUGAUGAUUAUUGAAGAGUAUUUAUGUAAACAUAUAACAGGUGGGGGUUCCGAUCAGGGUGAUGUAGAGGGUGGAUUCUCUUGCUGUGACGCAAACAUGUAAAAUAAAGAUUCUA